AUGGUUGAGGUCCCUGGUGGUGGUGCUCCGGUGACGGCGAACCCCGGUGAGGCGAGCUGCGGGAGGGGCUCCAAGAGAAUGUCCUCUUCUCUGGGACGAGAGGAGGCAGAAGAGAGCGAUGGUUGGUUGGGUUGUGAUGGCUCGCUGUUGAUCAACUCGACACCUGGGAACUCGGCAGAGAAGGAUUCGCAGGCGAACAACCCAAGCAUGCGUGGCUUUGAGGUCAUCGACGAGGCCAAGGCAGCCUUAGAGGCGAGCUGCCCACGCACCGUCUCCUGCGCCGACGUGCUCGCCUUCGCGGCACGCGACGGGGCCUACCUUGCCGGCGGCAUCAACUACCGUGUGCCGUCUGGUCGCCGUGACGGCCGUGUGUCCAUCGCCGAUGAGGUGCUCAACAACAACGUGCCAUUUCCGACCGACGAGGUCGCCGAGCUCGUGGCCAGCUUCAAGCGCAAGGGGCUCUCUGCAGACGACAUGGUCACGCUCUCCGGUGCACACACCAUCGGUCGGUCCCAUUGCUCCUCCUUCACUCAGCGCAUUCACAAUUUCUCGGGUGAGGCCGGUCGGACCGACCCGUCCAUCGACAGGUCCUAUGCGGCGGAGCUGAAGCAUCAGUGCCCUCUGUCGACAAACAACCCUAGCGACCCCACAACGGUGGCGCUGGACCCGGUCACGCCGGGGGAGUUUGACAACCAGUAUUUCAAGAACGUACUGGCGCGCAAGGUGCCGCUCACCUCCGACCAGACACUACUCACCAGCCCCCGGACCGCCGGUAUCGUCGCGUUCCACGCCGCCGUGGAGAAGGCGUGGCAGGCCAAGUUCGCUGCCGCCAUGGUCAAGAUGGGCAAGGUGGAGGUUCUCACCGGUGAAGAGGGGGAGAUCAGGGAGAAGUGCUUUGUCGUCAACCACCACUAGGCAAUCAUUCCGAAAUCAUUCAAAGCAUAACUAUAUAUUUUGUGUGUCCGUCGAUCGCAGAUCAUACUGUUAGUUGUCAGUGUAUGUAAUUUGACUUUCCAAAGUGAUUUCUUUGUUAGUUGUUUGUGUA